AUGGAUGUGAAAUUAAAAGAUUCUUUUUUUGAUGAUCCCGAAAGUCCAACAUUCUGGGUAUAUAAUAGUCUACCCAAUUAAGAUUAAAUAUUAGAAAUGCAAGAUACAAUGUACAUUCAAAAAGAUCAAGAAUUUUGCAAACGCAAUCUAGGCAUUUAGAAGAAUUACUUGCUUUACUUUAAAAAAUAGGUAUUAUUUAAAUAAAAACCAAUAGAAACUUUAAAAAUGGGUGAACUUGAACAAUUCAACAUUGGAAUAUGUAAAAAAUUAAAGUGUUGGACUAGGAAUUAGAAUUUAAAAAAAUAAAUAAUAUUUUGAGUUCUAUGGAGAUGUGGAACCAUGGUAUAAUUAUUUGAGAUAAUAUUGCAUCUAAAGAAAUUUUUCUUAGAAUUACACUUUAUUAAAGAAAAUAGGACAAGGGAAUUUUGCAGAUGUAUUUAAUUUUAAUAUGACUAGGUUCACUAAGCAACAAAUAAAUUUGAUGGAGCAGAAUAUGCUAUCAAAUGUUUCAAAAAAUGUAAAUUAAAAGAGAGUGUUGAUAGAUUGUCAAUUAUUAAAGAAAUUUCAAUCAUGAAGAAAAUUUAAAAUGAGUCAGUGAUAAAAUUAUAUGAAGUAUUUGAAGGAGAUGAUUGUUUAUAUUUAGUUUUAGAAUAUUUAAGAGGAGGUGAACUUCAUUAAUAUAUAAAGAAGUCACCUCCCUUUACAGAAGAAAAAUGUUCAAAGCUAAUUUUUAGAAUAUUAAAAGCAGUUUAUUAAAUCCAUGAAAAAGGAAUAUUACAUAGGGAUUUAAAGCCAGAAAAUAUUAUGUUAAGAAACAAAGAUGAUCUUGAUAAUAUUUGUAUUGGAGAUUUUGGUUUGGCUGAUCAUUAUACAUCUAGUGGAUAGUAUCUUUUUACUAGAUGUGGUACACCAGGUUAUGUUGCACCAGAAUUAUUAUAAGAUAAACUUUAUGAUUUUAAAAUUGAUAUAUACAGUGUAGGAAUACUUAUGUAUAUUUUAAUUGUUGGGAAAUCACCAUUCGAUGGCAAAGAUUAUGAUGAUGUUGUGAUGAGAAAUUAUUAUGCUAAAGUUAAAUUUGAAGAUUGUAAAUUAAGUGAAAUUGGUAUGAAUCUUUUAAAAGGUUUAAUGAAUAAAAACCCAAUUUAAAGAUUUAGUGCAGAAGAAGCUUUAAAUCAUCCUUGGUUUGCAAAAGAAAAUUACUAUAAAACAUCUUUAUUUAAAAUUCGGAAACAAAAUCUUGUUUUAAAGAAAUUCACUAAUUGUGAAUAGCAACUUAACUAAUUUUCUGCUUUAUCUACUUAAUUUAGUCCUAAAAGUUCAUUAUCUAGUCUUAGUCCUUACGGUCUUACUAAAUGCAAUCUGGAUGAUAGUCCAUAAACACCUAAUACUCCUAUUGCUUAACAUCCUUUUUUAUCACCAAGAACUCCUGGGAGAUUUAAAUUAAAACCAGUUCGAAAAUCUUAAUUUACUUUAAAAUAAAUAUGA